AUGUCCCCUUCCUUUCUCAUCGUUGGUGCGACUGGCAACACCGGGCGUGGUGUUGUCGAAACCCUCUCCAAGCUCCUUCAAACGAGCCACACGUUUUCCGAUCACCGCAUCCUCGCUCUGACACGUUCCUCGAACAGCUCCACCGCACACGAACUCUCCAAGUUACCCCAUGUCGAAGUUCUCGAGCAUAAAUGGUCAGAGAUCACCGCUCAGUGGUUGCGUGAACAUGAGGUAGUUCGUGCCUUCAUCGCCUCGCACAACCAGCCCAACCAAUUUGCCGAAGAAUCCACAUUCCACCUUGCAGCCCUGCGCGCUGGCGUCAAGUACGUUGUGCGGAUCUCGACAACGGCGGCAAACGUGCGUUCUGACUGCGAUGCAUACUACCCACGUACGCAUUGGGCUAUUGAAACAAUGCUCGAUUCUCCAGCCUUCGAAAACUUGCAGUGGACGUCGCUGCAGCCCAACGUUUUCACGACCUUUUAUCUAAGCGGUGCCGCCGAGCUCAUCAAGAAAUUCCGCGAUGGGGGAGAGCAAAAUACGCUCAGCAUGAUGGCAGAUGCAAACACACCGGUCGGCGUCAUCGACCCCCACGAGGUCGGUGUCGUAGCUGCGCGGCUCUUGCUCCAGGACGAUACCUCCACCCACAGCAAGCGCAAGUAUGUCCUCAACGGUCCUGAGGACAUCACAGGCAAUCAGAUUGUUGCGAUGGUGGAAGAGCGCAUUGGUGUCAAGGUCAAAGACGUCAAGUUCAAGGAUUUGUCAUUCUUGAAAGACAUGGUGGCGGCAUCGCAAGAGUCGCCAAACGUUAUCAUGUCCAUUGAACACGCCCCAGAAACGGCAUGGCAAGGACUGUGCAAAGCUGAAACGACAAGCAAGGAGGUGCUCGAGCUUGCGGCGCCGAAGAAGUCGCCUGCUGAUAUUCUGGGAGAGAUGCUGCAAUAG